CGCUGCUGCUGCUGCUGCUGGCGCAGCUGGCAGGCCGAGCGGUGGCCGCCUCGAAGGCCCCGGUGUGCCAGAAAAUCACGGUGCCCAUGUGCCGCGGCAUCGGCUACAACCUGACGCACAUGCCCAACCAGUUCAACCACGACACCCAGGAGGAGGCGGGCCUGGAGGUGCACCAGUUCUGGCCGCUGGUGGAGAUCCACUGCUCUCCGGACCUGCUCUUCUUCCUGUGCUCCAUGUACACGCCCAUCUGCCUGCUCGCGUGGCCCGAGCGCAUGAGCUGCGACCGCCUCCCCGUGCUGGGGCGCGACGCCGAGGUCCUGUGCAUGGAUUACAAUCGCAGCGAGGCCACCACGGCGCCUCCUAGGCUCCUCCCGGCCAAGCCCACCCUCCCAGGCCUGCCGGGGGCCCCCUCCUCGGGAGGUGAGUGCGCCGCCGGGGGCCCGUCGGUGUGCAAGUGCCGGGAACCCUUCGUGCCCAUUCUGAAGGAGUCGCACCCGCUGUACAACAAGGUGCGGACGGGCCAGGUACCCAACUGCGCGGUGCCCUGCUACCAGCCCUCCUUCAGCCCCGACGAGCGCACGUUCGCCACCUUCUGGAUCGGCCUGUGGUCCGUGCUGUGCUUCAUCUCCACCUCCACCACCGUGGCUACCUUCCUGAUAGACAUGGAACGCUUCCGCUACCCUGAGCGCCCCAUCAUCUUCCUGUCCGCUUGCUACUUGUGCGUGUCUUUGGGCUUCCUGGUGCGCCUCGUAGUGGGCCAUGCCAGCGUCGCCUGCAGCCGCGAGCACAGCCACAUUCACUACGAGACCACGGGCCCCGCGCUCUGCACGGUAGUCUUCCUGCUGGUCUACUUCUUCGGCAUGGCCAGCUCCAUCUGGUGGGUCAUCCUGUCGCUCACCUGGUUCCUGGCAGCCGGCAUGAAGUGGGGCAACGAGGCCAUCGCCGGCUAUGCGCAGUACUUCCACCUGGCCGCGUGGCUCAUCCCCAGCGUCAAGUCCAUCACGGCACUGGCCCUGAGCUCCGUGGAUGGGGAUCCGGUGGCCGGCAUCUGCUAUGUGGGCAACCAGAACCUGAAUUCGCUGCGCGGCUUCGAUAAAGCCCACCUGCUUCCCUGA